CGGUGAAGAAGCCACAGCGCUGGGUCUGUAGAGUCGCACACACCGCACCGGUCGGGCAGGUUUUCCUUCAAGCUGGUGGAAAUGUCUUCCCCGUGUAUGUGCUCUCAUAAUUUCAUUCCUUGAGACUCAUCAUUUCAAAAAAGGACGACUAUUAUUUCACACGGACAUUUGGUGAUAAUGAAGAAAUAAAACCACUUCCUGAUCUCUUAGUCCUUCUCAACGUGUCUCAAACCCACUGAAAGACUCCCCUCAGGCUCCCAGCUUUGCACAAAGUUCAAACAGUGACUUUCCACAGACGCUGGCUUUGCCCUUCCAGCCUGCCAACCAAAAAGACGUUCCACCCCUCGCUCUUGUUUGCUUUAUCAAAUGCCCAAAAACAGCAAGGCCGUCAAGAGAGAGCUUGACGACGAUGUCACAGAGUCUGUCAAAGACCUGCUUUCCAACGAGGACGCCUGUGAUGAUUCCUUCAAGAAGACCUCGCUGAUCGUCAACAACCAUGGAGGGGAAGGGAAAGAGCAUGAUGUGGAGGAAGGGGGCUCAGAUGGUGAAGAGGAGGAGCGCCCAGCCUGGAACAGCAAGCUCCAGUACAUCCUGGCCCAGGUUGGCUUUUCUGUAGGCUUGGGCAACGUCUGGAGGUUCCCCUACCUGUGCCAGAAGAACGGAGGUGGAGCGUACCUGGUGCCCUAUCUCAUCCUGCUCGUAUUGAUCGGCAUCCCGCUGUUCUUCUUGGAGCUGGCAGUGGGACAGCGCAUCCGCAGGGGCAGCAUCGGGGUGUGGAACUACAUCAGCCCUCGGCUGGGGGGCAUCGGCUUCGCCAGCUGCGUGGUGUGCUUCUUCGUGGCUCUCUACUACAACGUCAUCAUCAGCUGGAGCCUCUUCUAUUUCUCCCAGUCCUUCCAGCAGCCUUUGCCAUGGCAUGAGUGUCCACUCGUCAAGAACGACACCAAUAACUAUGUGGAGCCAGAGUGUGAGAAGAGCUCGGCCACCACGUACUUCUGGUAUCGCAAGGCCCUGGACAUCUCUGACAGCAUCUCUGAGGGUGGAGGACUCAACUGGAGGAUGACCUUGUGUUUGUUUGCUGCCUGGCUUAUGGUUUGCCUCGCCAUGAUCAAGGGAAUCCAGUCUUCUGGGAAGGUGAUGUACUUCAGUUCCUUGUUCCCCUACGUUGUGUUGAUUUGCUUCCUGGUGCGGGCUCUGCUCCUGAAGGGCUCUGUGGACGGAAUUCGACACAUGUUCACACCAAAGCUGGAGAUCAUGCUGGAGGCCAAGGUGUGGCGUGAGGCAGCCACGCAGGUGUUCUUCGCCCUGGGCCUCGGCUUUGGCGGCGUCAUCGCCUUCUCCAGCUACAACAAGCGGGACAACAACUGCCACUUCGAUGCCGUCUUGGUGUCUUUUAUCAAUUUCUUCACCUCCGUAUUGGCCACCCUCGUGGUGUUUGCAGUGAUGGGCUUCAAAGCCAACAUAAUGAACAGCAAGUGUAUCGCAUUGAACACUAACAGGAUUGUAGAAUUGGUGGGAAACGGCACUGUGGUGAUCCCCAACUACAUUAACCUCACUCAGGUGGGUCAGGUCAGUGCUGAGGACUACUAUCAGAUGAUAGGGCACAUCACACAGACCACGGGGAAAGAGGUCCAGGAACUGGGACUGCAGUCCUGCAGCAUCGAGGAAGAACUCGAUAAGGCUGUCCAAGGCACAGGCUUGGCCUUCAUUGCCUUCACAGAGGCCAUGACCCACUUCCCAGCCUCGCCUUUCUGGUCCGUCAUGUUCUUCCUCAUGCUGGUUAACCUCGGCCUGGGCAGCAUGUUCGGCACCAUCGAGGGCAUCCUCACUCCGCUCAUAGACACUUUCAAAGUCCGCAAGGAAUUUCUAACAGUGGGAUGCUGCAUGUUGGCCUUCUCCAUUGGCCUCCUGUUUGUUCAGCGCUCAGGGAACUACUUUGUGACCAUGUUCGACGACUACUCGGCUACUUUACCUCUGCUCAUCGUGGUCAUACUGGAGAACGUGGCAAUCGCUUGGUUCUACGGGAUCGAUAAAUUCUUUGAAGACCUGAAGGACAUGCUGGGCUUUACGCCGUACCGUUUCUACUACUACAUGUGGAAGUACAUCACGCCCAUCCUGCUGCUGGUCCUCCUGGGCAGCAGUUUGAUUGAGCUGAUCAAGACGCCGCCCAGCUACAGUGCCUGGAUACAGGAAGAGGCCACAGAGAAGGACUUACGCUUCCCUGCAUGGGGCAUCAUAGUCUGCAUCUCCCUGGUGGUGAUGGCCAUCAUGCCGGUGCCCGUGGUCUUUGGCCUGCGCUACUUCAACAUCAUCGACGAGAACGCCAGCAGCCUUUCCACCGUCUCCUACAAAAAGGGCCGCAUCAUCAAGGAGAUCCCUCGGCCGGGUGAGGACGAUGAUACCAGCCUGAUCCACGGCAAGUCGCCCAGCGAGGCGCCCUCGCCGAUGCCCGGCAACAGCAUCUACCGCAAGCAGAGCGGCAGCGGCGGCGGUCCUGAUGCUGACACCGCACCCAACGGCCGUUAUGGUAUUGGUUACUUGAUGGCCGACAUGCCGGAUAUCCCCGAGUCGGACUUGUAGACUGACUGUAUUGUAAGCCCUGCCCGGCCAUACCGGCUGGCCACUCCUCCCCUCUACCCUUCUGUGUGCAUUUAGUUUGUCAUAACUUUCAUGCUAAUUUCACUUGUACUGUAUAUUCUUUCUAGAUACUGUAGCUCCUCUCUUAUUUGUCAUCUCUGAACCUUAUAUGACUGUCUAACUGUAAAAAAAAACAAAAAAAUGGCGUGGGAAUAAACGUCACCCUUGUCUAACCUUUUUGCUCGGCUGCGUCCCAAACUGACCUCCAGCUCCUUUGCGUCCUCCUUGCAGAUGCUGUGAGACAGAUUCGGUGUAAGCAAUAAGGUGGACACUCCACCAGGCCUACUUGAAUAAGAGUCUGCAGAGAGGAGUCUGCAAAGGAGCCAGUUAGAGGGUCAGGAGGUCAUCUUGGGAUUGCAUCUGCGCCUCAAGCCUGCUUCGAGCCCUGCUGUUAAAU